AUGCUUUUCAAAACGCCAACAUGGCGGUGCGCCUCUUCCAUAACCUUCGAUCUUCUUGGGCGCAUGCCGCUACGCAGCCCUCCGCGCUACGCCCAGCAGCAGUCUGUCACGCGGAAGGUGGCGGACGGCCCGUCUCUCGCUGCCUUGCCGGCAGCCCCAUCGAGAAGGCCACGUCACGCAACGCAACAGGCAUUGUUGGAGAUGGUGCCAGAACCCACCGCGGAUGCGCUGUGUCCCUCCGCGGAUGCGGUAGAUGACGACAUCGUGUUGGACGGCGUUCACGCGAAGCAACUGUGCGAGGUGGCCGCCUCAUCGGAGCGCGAGCGGCUCUGUGAGCAUCACCCGGCGGCACGUGGUGUGGGUUCAGAUGUGAUUGAUUUAGUAACGGAUGCUUUCAAGGAGGAACGGGAGCGGCUUGUUGCCCAGCGACGUCGUGUGUUGUAUGAAAUGACGCACCCUAACCCGUCAGACUACACAUACAAGGAGAAGCUGGUUCCACCACCUCCUUUGAGCUUUGGAAAAAUAACGGAGGAGGCCAAACAACUCGGAAACAAGGUCAUGCUGGGUCAGCAAUACACACUGGUGCGGCAGGCAGGUUUGUUGCGCGAGGAUGAGGACGCCGGCUCUACUACAGUGAGAGGACAACAACGGCGUGCUCGAAGAAAGCCAACAUUGUAUGAUAAUCACAAUUACUUUUUUGAGGUGAACGAUUUGUAUCAGGAGAUUGUUUUGGUCGGCAAGGCCUGUGCGGGAAAGUCGAGUCUGUUAAACGCGCUUCUCGGGCAAACGCUGGCCAAGACAAGUAGUACACCGAACACGACCCGACAAAUUUCCUUUUACCAGAGUGUGUCACCGGAGGAGAUGCAGCGGUACCUCAAUGUGAAGGGCAACGGCUUGGUGAAGCUCCCUGGCGGUGGUGUUCAGUUGACAUUUGUGGAUGUUCCCGGAUUCGGCAUAGAGGGCAUGUCGGAUCAUUGGCGCGACAAGGCGAUCGCCCUCACAGAUGCCUACCUGGGCGUGCGGCGUUCUGUGAACACUGUGCUUUUUUGCGUUGACUGUGAGCGUGGACUCACGAAGGUGGAUUUGCGUUACUUUACUUGGCUAGAAAAUCUUCAUGGUGUUUUUUUUAUAGUCCUGACGAAGUGCGACUCUGUGCCACACUCGCGUGUGUGUUCCGUCAUGCGACAGAUUUAUGCGACCAUCACGAAGUACCGGCGUAAAUACCGGAAAGUGUUUCCGUUUAUCCUCCCCACCUCCGCGAAGGACGGCACCAACGUUGAACUCCUCCGCGGUUUGAUUGCAGAAACCUCCGGUCUCAUCCCAGGCGAUCGGCUGCGACAGAUGUUGAAGGCCAAGGCGGAUGCAGAUAUGGAUGCGGCAUUGAAGGAAGAAGCGAGACGUGUGCAGGAGGCCCACCGUGUGGGGACGCAAAAAGCGAAGGCGUUUUUUACAGCACUAAAGGGAGACGAAAUGCAAAACCCACCAGAUUCUUCAGCAGGCACCGCACCGUCGCUCCCGAUACAAAUGAAUUCGCAAAAAUAUGUGCUUUCUCUGGGUGGAAAUGACAGAGCUGCCAUGAAUGCUCACAUGUCCGCGUCGGCUGACGAACCGUUGCUAUUGUUUCACUCGGAGGACAGCAACGAGAUGAUGAAGAAGAAGAAGAACAAAGACAACAUGCGUGACGCAAGCUACCAUCUUGGAGACGUUGAAGAGAAUGAGAAGGCGCGGCGAAGGCAGCGAUUCUUGGCGUGGCGUCACACACAUCCGCUUCAUCGGUAUAAGUCCGACUAUGGCACCUUUCGCCUGAACACAGGACUUGAACGACCGGAUGCAGAGUGGCUCGAAUUGCCGUACAUGGAAGCUAACGUCAAGGAUGAUAGUGAUGAUGCGAAAGGCGGCGAGUGCUUCGCGGCAGCACCACAAAAGGGCUUGACUCACGUCCAGGAGGAGGAAAAAAAUAAUCUGCGCUCCAUCAACCCCACAGUUUUAACGGGGGACACGGCGAUGAACGAUGAAGAAUACGGAAAGACGACGCCAACGAGAGCGGAUUUGCCCUCCGCAGUGAUUGGAUUGGGUAGGAAGAGCGGACGUUCAGUGAUGCGUCAACAAACCAAUGGUGUUGUCUCUUGUUUUUUAGGAGUUUUGGAGAAGUAUGCGAGUCGGGAUAAGCAGAUGGGCCGGAGUAAAAGACAGUGUGCAAAGGAGGCAAUGUGGCGUGAGCGUGUGAACAUGGGGUCAGUCACCCGUUUCCUUGUGGAAGAGGAAGACGGUCGAAUUGGCGAGUAUAAGGCAGGGAAGAAGUUUGGCCCCUCUCUUGUGGAGCCGUGUAACGUGGAGAAGCGGCGGUCGCAGUGGGCUGCACGUCAGUUUGCACAGCAGGCUGUGACCGUUUGCCCGACAUCUCCAUGGACCGCACUUGAUGUUUUGCGAAAAAAGAGGGAGCGUAUCAAGCAGGAGGCAGCGAUGAGGGGGAUGACGAAAAAGGAUUUGCAGGCGUAUCUUCGCAAUGCCGGAAACGUCAUCGAAGACUUUGAGAAGUUUGAGGGUGAAGUCACGGCGGCCAAAUACAUGAACGAGAUUCGGCAAGCAAAAACACUGCGUUCCCGGGAGCAGAUGCACCUAAAUAGCACCGCAAAAAUAUCAUACCGCUCGAUGCCGGUCGGGUUAUGGAAAAGAUAUGGCGAGAGAAACACGUAUUGGCCGACGUCCCGUGUGAAGGGCCGGUGA